CCUGCCGGUCCAGACACCACUCACACCAAUCGACGGCGCCUCUGCCUCGCCAGUCGCCGCAGCAUCGCCAUACGCCAGACGCCCAGAUAUCAGUUGCUGCCUUGCUGGUUUCUGCAGUGCACUUGUGCCCUAAUCGCCACUCCUGCUGGUGGCACGAUGAGCUAAGUGUGCUGGUGAUGAUGGAAACUCCAAGACAACUUCGAAUAUGAUGAGUGUGCUGCGAGUCGAUCAGCGAUGCGCUACUGCUACUUGCGAGUCUGCAACAGUCUACCAUGACAUUGGAUUUGUGAUCCAAUGAUAUCUUAAGCAGAGCUCAUAUGUGGAAACACUUAGUAUUACCAAUGAAGAGGAAGAUGUGAAUCUUUGAUAUCGUGUAUAAGAUGAGCCUUUGAAAUUUUAAUUUCAUUUCUAUGGAUGAAUUCUGGAAUGCAUGGAAGUUACUCUCAUAAGAAAUUAGGAAAUACAGAAGUACUGAAUUGAUUUAGUUGGGCCUUCACAGGUACCCCAACUAGUAAUGAGAAGAACCAACAUAGGAAGUGAUAUUAUACAGUGAGGACCAUGCUUUGUAACUCUCAUCUGCUCUGAGAGUGGAAAAGAAAAUGCCAAGGGUUCCUUCAAAGAGAACAGUGCUUCUUUACAAGAAAGGAUAUCCCUUAUUGUUCAAUUCAAAAGCUCCCACAACCCCAUUCUAUAAAUUGACAAAGACUCAGCUUUUCUCCACGUACUUAUCAAAACUCAACAGGCCACUACAAACUCAUAAACCAAAUUUUUGUAAUGAGUCCCCAAGUAUGGACAAUGAACUGAGGAAGGGACCUGGCCUCAUCCGCCUCAAAACUGAACCAGAAGAGCUGGCAAAUGAUCAGAGCAAUGAUGAAUUCAUCACUGAUGUUGAAAAGGUAUAUAGAAUUUUGAAGAAGUUUCACUCUAGGGUUCCAAAAUUAGAACUUGCUUUGCAAGAGUCUGGUGUUGUUGUGCGGUCAGGAUUGACAGAACGUGUAUUGAACCGUUGUGGUGAUGCUGGGAACUUGGGAUACAGAUUCUUUGUGUGGGCUUCAAAGCAACCUGGAUAUAGGUAUAGCUAUGAUGUGUACAAAGCUAUGAUCAAGAUUUUAGGGAAAAUGAGGCAGUUUGGAGCUGUUUGGGCUCUUAUUGAGGAGAUGAGAAAAGAAAGUCCUCAAUUAUUAUCCCCCGAGGUGUUUGUGAUUUUAAUGAGGAGAUUUGCCUCAGCUAGAAUGGUGAAGAAAGCUAUUGAAGUUUUGGAUGAGAUGCCCAAAUAUGGUUGUGAACCAGAUGAGUAUGUAUUUGGAUGUUUGUUGGAUGCUUUGUGCAAGAAUGGCAGUGUAAAAGAGGCAUCUACAUUGUUUGAGGAAAUGAAAUUUAGGUUUAACCCUACAAUUAAGCAUUUCACAUCAUUGUUAUAUGGCUGGUGCAAAGAAGGGAAGCUUAUGGAGGCGAAAGUUGUGUUGGUGAGAAUGAGGGAGGCUGGUUUUGAACCUGAUAUUGUGGUCUAUAAUAAUUUGCUUAAUGGGUAUGCUGUGGCUGGAAAAAUGGCUCAUGCAUUUGAUCUUUUGCAGGAGAUGAGAAGGAAAGCUUGCUAUCCCAAUGCAACUUCCUUCACAAUUGUAAUUCAAGCACUUUGUUCACAAGCAAAGAUGGAGGAAGCUAUGAGGGUGUUCAUGGAUAUGGAGAGAAGUGGCUCUGAGGCUGAUGUUGUGACAUACACCACUUUGAUAAGUGGGUUCUGUAAGUUGGGGAAGACUGAUCAAGGCUAUGAGCUUCUGGAUAGGAUGAUACAGAAGGGGUAUAUGCCUAAUCAGACUACUUAUUUGCACAUCAUGCUUGCGCAUGAGAAGAAGGAAGAGCUGGAGGAGUGCAUGGAACUUAUUAAGGAGAUGCAGAAGAUAGCUAUUUUCCCUGAUCUCAGCAUCUACAACACUGUAAUUCGGUUGGCAUGCAAAUUGGGAGAAAUUGACGAAGGUAUGCGAGUCUGGAAUGAAAUAGAAGCAAAUGGGUUAAGUCCAGGGGUUGACUCCUUUGUCAUUAUGAUUAAUGGUUUUAUUGAGCAGAGGCGUCUGGUUGAAGCUUGUGAUUUCUUUAAAGAAAUGAUUGGAAGAGGUCUUCUAUCAGUUCCUCAAUAUGGUACUUUGAAAGACUUACUAAAUUCUCUGCUAAGAGAAGAAAAGCUUGAAAUGAGCAAAGGUGUGUGGAGUUGCAUUGUGACUAAAGGUUGUGAGCUUAAUGUAUAUGCAUGGACAAUUUGGAUUCAUGCACUUUUCUCUAAAGGGCAUGUGAAGGAAGCCUGCUCAUACUGUUUGGAUAUGAUGGAUGCUGGUGUGAUGCCGCAGCCAGACACAUUUGCCAAGCUCAUGCGCGGUCUAAGAAAGUUGUAUAAUAGACAGAUUGCAGCGGAGAUUACAGAGAAGGUUAGGAAAAUGGCUGAAGAGCGACAAAUAACUUUCAAGAUGUAUAAACGACGCGGGGAAAGGGACUUGAAGGAAAAAGUUAAGGGAAAAACUGAUGGAAGGAAGAGGAGAGCUCGUAGGCGCCGUUGGGGCAGUAACCGCCGGGGCAAUCACCGUCUUGAAGCUAACAUGUUGUGAUGCAGAAACUUAAUUCCUUUAUGACUUGAAAGAAUUUGUUUCAGUAAAUUAAUUUAAGAAUGCUAUAUUCUGUUCCCUUCAACAAAUGAUUUUAUGUUCUGUAAGCUCUGUUGUAUUUUCAUGGGGUUUACUUUUCUCGGUAGCUUUCUGAAGCACAUAAAUCUGCAGUAGAAUUGAAACCAUGCAAACAUGUUUUCUUUACCAACACAUCAACAAUUGGAUUUGAAAUUCUUGACUCUCAAGCUAUGCUGCAUUGAAAUUUCUACUUUCUUGAGAGUGUUACCCAUAACACCCAGUAAUAACAACAUCAGAUGCAAGGAAAAAUCUACUAUCAUUGCAGAACUACUGUCAAGGUGAGGUAGGUCAAUUUACAGAGUUUUAUUUUCAUGUCAGGAGGUAUGGAGUUUUAUUGUUGUGUUAGGAGACAUACAAAUCCCUUGAAAAAGGCCCCGGCAUAUGUGAUAGUCAAGAAAACCUUUGUCAGCCCGGAAGACGUUGUAGCUCAAGAUAUUGUUGUUCAGAGAGGCAGUUCGAGGGGUAUACAUUUUAGAGGUGCAGGGCCUAGAGAAAAGGUUUUUACUAUUUCAUUACAUUAUACUGCUGUUAUAGUAUUGAAAUGAAAUCAGAUUAGCAUGGGUCUAAUGCACUCCUGAAGAAGUGCGUGCUUGUAUUGUAACAUGUGGUCUUUGCCCAGGAAUCAAUACUGUUAUCCGCGAGAUAGUAUGUGGCUUAAAAUAUAUGUAAGAAGUCGAUGAUGUGCUUGGGAUUCAGGUUGGCUAAUGUGGAAGCACUUUUAAGGUCAUAAACAUAGUCCUGUAAGUUUAUUUGUUUUUGAACACUAGAGUAAAGGCCAAAGUCAUAUAUGCAUUCUUAUGCCCUAUUAUACCUUAUUAAUCAAUUUAUUUAUUUAUUUA